AUGCCUUCCCUUUCUUCAUAUAUCCUUGCUUCGGCAGGAGCCUCCCUGGUGAAUGCACAAUUUGGCAACUUCGGCUCGCCGUACCCCAACACAACAUAUCCUGGAUUUGAAUCUGAAAACCCCUACACUAUCGAGGGCUCUCAGAGCUUCCAAUGGAGCCCUCCCAAGUACCCUAGCCCCUGGGGUGAGGGCUCUGGUGACUGGAAGGAGUCCUACGCAAAGGCUCGCGCCCUUGUGUCACAGUUGACUCUUGAAGAGAAGGUCAACCUCACGAGUGGUAUCGGAACUAACCAGGGCAACUGCGUCGGCCAGACUGGAUCUAUUCCUCGUCACGGUAUCAACGCCUUGUGCCUGCAAGAUUCACCGGUCGGUGUACGACUCACAGAUGGCAACUCCGUAUUCCCCGCUGGUGUUAACGUUGCUGCCACUUGGGACCGUGGCCUUGCCUAUGCUCGUGGACGCGGCAUGGGUCAAGAACAUUACGGAAAAGGCGUAGAUAUGCAGUUGGGCCCUGUGGCUGGUCCUCUUGGUCGCGCCCCUGCUGGUGGCAGAAACUGGGAGGGUUUCUCUCCUGACCCUUACCUCACCGGUCUCAUGUUCGCCGAGUCAAUCAAGGGUAUUCAAAGUGCCGGUGUCAUGACCAGUGCUAAGCACUUCAUCGCUUACGAACAGGAGCACUUCCGUCAAUCUCAGGAGGCCAAGAACUGGGGCUUCAACGUUACUGAAAGUAUCACUGCCAACUUGGACGAUGUUACUCUGCACGAGCUGUACCUUUGGCCUUUCGCCGACGGUAUCAGAGCAGGUGCCACCUCUAUCAUGUGCUCUUACAACCAGGUCAACAGCUCUCAGUCUUGCCAGAACAGCUACAUCCUGAACCACAUCUUGAAGAAUGAGCUCGGUUUCCAGGGCUUCGUCGUCUCGGAUUGGUACGGAACGCACUCCGGAGUGUCUAGUAUCCUUGCUGGUCUCGAUAUGAGCAUGCCUGGCGACCCUGUUCAGGAAUUCGGCAACCACGGAGGUGCCUUGUUCGGUUCUAACAUGACUAUUGCUGUUCUUAACGGAACUGUCCCCCAGUGGAGACUGGACGAUGCUGCCGUCCGUGUUCUCGCCUCUUGGUACUAUGUCGGUCGUGACAAGAACCAGGUUCCCGUCAACUUCAACUCUUACUCUCUCGAUACCUACGGUUAUGAGCACAACGCCGUUGGUCAGGGCUACGGUCUGAUCAACCAGCACGUUGACGUCCGUGCAAACCACAGCCAGCUUAUUCGUAAGAUUGGUGCUGAUUCUACUGUUCUGCUCAAGAAUGUUAACAACGCUCUUCCUCUCACUGGCAAGGAAAAGCUCACCGUCGUGCUCGGUGAGGACGCUUUCGAGGAUUACAACGGCCCUAAUGGAUUCACUGAUCGCGCUGGUGAUGAGGGUACUCUCGGCAUGGCCUGGGGCUCUGGAUCUGCCAACUUCCCCUACCUGGUGACUCCCAACACUGCCAUUCAGAACGAGGUUGUUGGCAAGAACGAUGGUCUCUACCAGUCCCUCAGAAACAACUCGGACCUUGACCAGGCUUACUCUUUGGCCAAACAGGCUAGAGACAAUGCCGGAGUCGCAAUUUUGUUCGCCAACAGCGACUCAGGUGAAGGUUAUCUCGAGGUGGACAACAACUUCGGUGACCGCAACAACCUCACUUUCUGGCAGGGUGCUGAUCAGAUGAUUGCCAACGUCUCGGCUACUUGCAACAACACUAUCCUCGUUAUCCACUCAGUCGGACCCGUCCUUCUUGAAGAGUACGCCAACAACCCCAACAUCACCGCCAUCCUCUGGGCUGGUGUUCCUGGUGAGCAGUCUGGUAACUCUAUCGCCGAUGUUCUCUAUGGUCGUGUCAACCCUGGUGCCAAGCUUCCCUUCUCCAUGGCCGCUAAGCGCUCUGACUAUGGUACUGAUGUUCUGUACACUCCCAACAACCUGGUUCCUCAAGCCAACUUCAAGGAGGGUAUCUUCAUUGACUACAGAGCUCUCGACAAGCAGGAGAUUGAGCCUGUCUACGAAUUCGGUUUCGGUCUCUCUUAUACCAACUUCAGUUACAGCGACAUCAAGGUCACUAAGCUGAACACCAGCGCUUAUGCUCCUACCACCGGCAUGACUCCUGCUGCUCAAACCUACGGUAACAUCAGCAUGAACCCUGCCGACCACGUCUUCCCCGGUAACUUCUCUCGUGUUCCUCUGUACCUUUACCCCUGGAUCAACUCGACCAACCUCUCUUCGGCUGCUGGCGAGUCGCAGUACGCUCCCUACGGAGACACCAGCUUUGUCCCUGAGGGCGCUGUCGACUCUUCUCCUCAGCCCCGUCUUCCCGCUUCUGGUCCUUCCGGUGGUAACCCAGCUCUCUGGGACGUCAUCUACCGCGUCACUGCCCAUAUCAAGAACAUCGGCAAGGUCGCUGGUGAUGAGGUUCCUCAACUCUACGUCUCUCUCGGUGGUCCCUACGAUGCCGUCAAGAUGCUCAGAGGCUUUGAGAGAUUGAGCAUUCAGCCUAACCAGACUGUCACUUUCUCUGCCGACAUCAUGAGAAGAGAUAUCAUGAACUGGAGCCCUGAGGCUCAAGAUUGGUUCGUCAGCAACUACACCAAGACCGUGUAUGUUGGUAGCAGUUCGAGAAACCUUCCUCUCACUGCUAAGCUCGCUUAA